UUCAUCCAGAUUUCAGAGUACUUCAUAUUUGAAAUAUUUGAAAUUCCAUCAAUUCCAUGACAUUUUGCAUGAGAUCCCGCCAUCUUUGCUACGAACUAGUCUUGUAGAAGUCAGAUUCAGCUGCAGAGCUAUGAGCUUGUACACUCAGGUAGGUCCUCUCUCCGUUCUAGCACACGGUAGUUUUUAUCAUCGAGAGAUGUGAAGUCCCCUUUGCAUAUUCUUUAGUAAUUCUUUAGAGCCAGAAUCCAGGUUCUGGAUUUUGCAUUCACCGCUCACUUUGAUUCACAUAACUUGCAGUACGCUCCACUGAGUUCAAGCAGCUUCCUGAUUCCACUUUGCAGAAUCUUGGGGCUUUCGUGGUGAUUGCUACAUCCUCGUCUGAGCAGAGCUUGGAGUACUCUGUGUCGCACCUCUUGCACAGAGGUAGGAGUCUCAUGCCGAGCACGCACAUGCACUCACUGACACUGCUACGGAAAGUUAAGUUUUCUUCGAGUGAACCGGGGAUCGCAGAUCGAGGAGACGGCCUCUUUUAGGCUCGGUACCAUUUCCCCGUGCAUGUUCAGGAGCACACGGUUAUUCCUCUCUGAAAGUGGAGGACACAAUUGAAGGUGCAGGUGCGUCCAUGGACAGUCAAGCUGCUGGGCUUGGGACACGGGAAAUGGCCUCUGCAGACGACAAACCAGAGCUUCCCACCGCUGUCCAGGACCUUAUAAGGCGCCUGGAAGGGAGGCGUCUGGAUGGCGUAUGGAAGGAGUCCGAUGGUAUGAUGCAGCUUCCCUGUCUAAUCAACCCGGAAUUGGAGGAAUUUUUCCCGGAGCGUGCAUCGCUAUCGACGAACAUAGGGUGGCGAAGCCAAGUGCGCCUUCGAGUGCUGGAGGCCAUCAGCAGCUGCACCGAGUUCAAUAUUCUGGAUGUAGAAGAAAUUUGUGGCGGAGAUAUUUCGAGGUUGACCGCUAGCGAGUGGGAGCUGGUUUUCAGAGGUUGUAGGUCUAGCACCUCCUUACAUCGUAUGAUAGCUGAAAGAUUGAAGUGGACAUCACUUGCGGAAGUGGAGAGAUGGUGUUUACAGCUCGGGAAGAUUUUGGGUAACUGUAGUGCAGCGGAUUUUGAAGACUGCGCAUUGAGUGCCAGGUGUUUCUUAAAUCUCGCAUCAGGACUGCGAGAAAAUUCUGCAUCGAAACUCAAGAAUCUAGGAGUAUGGAACGCGUGGGAGGACAUGAAUGCGCUGAAGCAUGUCGCCGACGUGAUAAGCAGUGCUGCUCAGUUAAAAAUUUUGAGGUUUGGGAGCCAGUCCGACCGCAUGAUCGACAUGGAUGAGAGUGUCGUUCGGGCCCUGUCCCAGGCUUUGAUCCAGAGCUCGUCUCUGAAAACACUCAGUUUAGAGGGGGUGGAGGGGAGAGCGGCGGUCUUGUUGCUCAACGCAUUGGCCGGAGAUGAUGGCAACCUUUCCAUUGAAUGUCUUAGGCUGAGUCGCCUGUUUGGAAUCGGGGACUGUAUACUAGAACUUUUCACUUCCUAUCCAUCAUUGAGGGAAGUUACGUUUUCCGCCAUCGAGAUGCGUCCUGAGGAAUGUCGCGUGCUUGGCAAGGCCAUACGUGAUAAUGUCACAAUCCCAACUAUCCAUAUAGAGAAUUAUAUAGAUCAACUCUGUGGCCCCCUUGAACGAAUAGAAGAGAUUGCGUGUGCGGCUAGUUCCGAUGACAAGGACCCCGUAUUGCAUCUUAAAAUCCAUGUUCGGGAGGAGGAUGAAUUAAUGUCAGCACUCAGCCUAUUAGGCAGGGUUAUGCGCGGGGAAAUCCAAUCUAUAAAUUCCUUUCGUCUAGAUACGUCAUGGAUUUCCACUUCGGGGAGCAACUUAGAGAGAAUAGAAAGUAUCCUUCCGAUGAAUGAAAGUACUGGAAAAACUUCAGUUCUGAAAGUUCUAGUGCUAACAAGAAUCAGCGAAGAUACUUUCAAGCGAAUAUGGAAGCAACUGCUUUGUUACUUGCGUAGUAACACAAGCCUAUCUACGUUGCGUUUGUUUAGAGAAUCACUAGACAGAGAGGAAGCAGUAAACGAAGAGGAGUUGAGGGACCUGAUGGGUUUACUUCAAGUGAACUUGACUCUCCAUAGGAUAGAUGUCUCAACUCCCAUGUGUCUGCAGUGCGGAAAGAGGGAGCUGAUUGGAGAGGCCCUGAAGCAAAAUCAGGAGCGGGCCGUCUACAUGUCCGUGUUUAGAGAAGCGAACCUAAAAUUUGGAGAUGCAAAAGCUGGUAGACUCUUCUUAUGCGGCUCUCCUAGAGCAGGCAAAACUCAACUGCGUCAAACACUGAUGCGGAUAAUUCAAGGCAAAAGCUGGUUCGGGAACAAAUGGCGUGAAUUAUGGAGGACCAAGGGCAUUGAAGUGGAGUUUUUGCAGAACAAUGACAAAAUGCAAAUUUCAAUUUGGGAUUUUGCGGGACAGUGGAUUUUUCGUACCCUUCAAAAUAUACUUUUACCUCAAACCAAUAAUUUUUGUGUUUAUCUUUUUGUGUAUAGUCCCUUUUGCGAGAAAACUAAUUCUCCCAAAGCAUACUCUAGUUUCCAGACUGAGUUGGAGGAGUGGUUGAUUUUCAUCACUUCCAGCACCAAAAUCACUGGACAUAAUCUUCCACAAGUUCUUGUUGUAAUUUCACACAAGGAUAAGAUGACAUCCAGCUCUUUGGCUUGGGCUUACUCUAUAGUGGAAGAACUGAAAAAGAGAUUUGCAACGUGUGUGGAUCUCUGUCCUAGUCAAGAGUGUCUCCUUGUAGAUGCCCGGAAGAAGAAACAUGUGAUUCCUCUCAAAAAUCGUAUUUUUGACAUCUUCGAGAAGUUGUUGAGUGAAAAAUCUCCGAGGGUUCCUCAAUUGUGUCUUCAUCUCUCUUCCCUGCUGGUUACAAACACUAGAGACAGUAGAGUUUGCCCACUUUGGCCUUCCAAAAAGUUUCAUGACUUCUGUGCUCCCAGCUUCAAACAAUUCAUUCCAUCAACUUCUGCUCACUUUGUUGAUCAUUCAAGUAUAUUAACCUCAGUCAUAUCCUAUUUGAAUGACGCUGGAUCCAUCAUUUAUAUCCCAAACGUUGAUCACAUCAUUGUAGAUCCGAAUUGGCUCACAAAUGCAUUUUUGGGUGAGCUUAUAGCUCUGGGUCAAGACUUUCAAGUUCAAGAGUCCGAGGCUUUUGAUAGAACGAUGUCACGUGACUCAUACACGAGCAAGAACGGAUUUGUGAGUGAAAGUGUCUUUGCUCAAUUGAUAGAAACGUUCUUGGAUAAGCAACCACGCCUUCAAAAUGUUGAAAGAGAGGUCCUUGAAAAGAUUCUUUUCAAUUUAGAUUUGUGUUUCAAGCUCGAAGAUACCUCUCAAUAUUUCAUUCCCUCCUUCAUCCGUGAAUAUGCAAGCAUGGAUGAACAGAAGCAUCAAGCAGGGGCGCACGCGGGAUCUAUGGCAUGGGAUUCUAGGUUUGGGACUCCACAAUUUGCUGGCAUUCGGAUACAGUGCAAAGAUCGAACAACAAUGUCACUAACUGCUGCUUUUUUUCCACGCUUCCAGAUGUUCAUGCGACGGAAGUUGAUAUCCGAGAUGCAUGUUCCCAAGGAGACUGUGACUUGCUCUCGCCAUUAUCUGCUAUUUUUUCUUGAUGGCCAUCAAAUAUACGUCGAGCACGUUCAGAGUGAAAAGUCUCACAAUUACGUAGAUGUCCUGAUGUUAUGCUCGGAGCAUAAGUCAAGGGAGGUAGGUAUUCAGUACGUGCUUAAGCAUGUUGUCCAGGAGUUGAUAUCAUUCUGUGCAUCAUCCAAAGGCUGUCCCGGAGUGGUGUUAGUGCUCGGUGUGAUACAAACGUUUUGCGUGGAAUUGUUGAUUCCGAUUCAUCUCAGAGUAUCCAUUCUGAUUGAGGAACUCAAAUCAGAGUUCUCUGAUAGCAUCAGUCGCAAACUUGGGGAUAUGGCGUCGGAUAGCUCGCAAUUGGUGGAGGAAGAUUUGCUCCACUAUGAGCACACUUGGCCCCCGCUUCCAGGGCAAUUGACCGUCAGAUGCGAACGGGCUACGAAUCUGCUGUGGGAGAGCGAUGUGGAAGCGGUUGUGAGUGAGAUCCGACAAAAGCGCAUUCAACAAUUGAAGUCACUGCAUCAUGGCCUCGUCGGGUUGAACGAUGAUUUGGCUCAAUUUCACCCUGAAAGUGAGAACAAGGCUAGCAGCUCGAUGUUACCUCAGACUCAAGACUGCAAUCCAGCUUCAUCCAGGUGCUUGAGACGUGCCAGCACAUGUGUGGAAAAUUGUUCAACACAACUUCUUUUGUCCAAGAUCGAUGAGCUAGUAGCUAAGGUUGAUGGUUUGGAGAGCAUUGUGCGGAGAUUGGAUAUGAAGAUGGGACAUAUACUCUCUCUGCAACAAGAAGUACAGUCAACGUGGAGUGAUUUCAUGUCUAAAGUUGACAGGGUCAUCGAGUAUUCUGAUUUACCUCAGCAUUCCAGAAUGCCGAAGCGACCUUACAUCACCGACGAUGUUGGACUUUUCUAUAGGAUGAGUGCAAGUUUGCAUCUCGGAACAACUGUUCGAUUACGCUUGAUGUGUGAAUCUGUGAAUGGGUUUCACUCCGUGAAAAAUCAAGAAGGUUUGAUGUUGCGCGUGGAUCAGGAAAAUAUGGGAUGGAUACCACGAGUUAUCGAAAUUUCAUACAAGGUCCUGUAUUAUGCUCUAAAAGCUGGAGUCGAUGUGACCCUUGGGUUAGGCGACGGUAUUCCGGAGUGGGAUGACUUGAAAACUGAUGUUGUUAAACUAGAUGGUAUUAGUAAUGAUGAUGGUAGGGCAAUUCGAAAAGGUGGGCAAAGCGAGCGCCUAAAAGAAGCAUGGUUGAGGAUUCAACAAACUCUUGCGCCUCAGCUUCAAAGUAAUUAUUCCAGAAUCUUCAAGUUGUUUCAGGUGAAAUAUGUGAGACAACAAAUUGGUGGGCAUGCUUGGGUGUGCGAGGAGUGCAUGAAUCAAGGUAUUCGGUCUAGAAGUUUGACGUGUUAGGAUUUUCUAGAGGUUAGAAUGUCAAUAUACAAUUGACAAGCAUAUGUUUAGUCCCUCAUGCAAUAUACUCCUUUGCAUUAUCGUC